UUUGUAUGUCAGUUCCAGUUAAAGCGGGAUAACGCUGUAACAGCGUUUGGAAGUAAUUGAAUGGGGUCCGUUUGUUUUAAUUAUCGGCUCACUAUGGAUCGAUUAAAUCAAACAAUAUGGCUGCGUCCAUGGAUGUAAACCUUCAAAUGGAUCAGUACCAUGCCCGUCAUCCUCAUGUUGCUGGGAGUUCACUGUCUUCCCAUCCUAAUACCGGGCAUUUACAGCACGAAGGUGCUAAUAGUCGUUUGCCAAGCCAAUUUGGUAUUCCAUCCCAAGCCCAUCAUUUUGGCCAUGUCCAUGAUUCGUAUGUCAAUCCUGCUUCAUCUGUACAGCAAAUGUUAAUGCAACAGCAGAUGCAGCAUCAACGCUCAGUUAGUUUUGCCCCCCAAGUCUAUGACAGUAACGAAAGAUUGGUGAAAUCACUUUCCAAUCAUGAUACAAGUCCUCACAGUCAAGUGAAUCAAAUGCACAUCCAAAUGCCUACCCACCAGCAAAUCUCCCGUUCUCUACAGUCUAACAAUCCUUCUGUCACACCUAGUGCCCAGUACUCGCCUGCUAUAGAACACGGAUCGCAUCAUUCUCCCAUUUUGAAGGAUACUUAUAACGCUUCAAAUUACCAAAUGCAAGACCAGUCACAUGUUCUUACUCAUGCAUCUCAUUUGCAACAGCCUGUGUACCCUUAUCAUAGUGAUGCAUCUAGAAUACAAAAUCCUCAAGCGACUGCUCAUUCAACAACAGAACUGUCUAGUCCACAGUAUCCGGGACACCAUUUGCCGAUGCAAGUAAAUAAUAGUGCCUCCGGAGAUAAUGAGGUCCCUCAUUCGGGCAAUCAACACCCUCAUAUGUCGACUGCUUUCCAAACUCCCUCAGCUCCGUAUGUUCCUCCAGUCAAGAAACGAAGAGGUCGACCUCCCAUUCAUCCCACUUUUGACGUUGCUGCUGGGACUUUGUCCGAUGAAGACGAGCAUACCCUCUAUGGAGCCAUACGAUCCGGGAGGGUUGCACCGCAAACGGUAGUGGAUGAUUGGAUAGAGCAGUAUAAGACAAAUAGAGAACCUGCUAUGUUGGAACUAAUUCAGUUCUUUAUAUCCUGCAGCGGGUGUAAAGGUAAGGUAACACCAGAAAUGUAUAGUCGUCUUUCACACACUGAUAUUAUUCGUCGGAUGACUGAAGAGUUUGAUGAGGAAUCAGGUGAAUACCCGCUGAUACAGUCAAGUCCAAUCUGGAAACGUUUCCGUUCGAAUUUCGUUGAAUUUAUCCAGGUGCUGAUUCGUCAGUGUCAGUAUAGCAUAAUUUAUGAUCAAUGUAUGAUUGACCAGGUCAUCUCGCUAUUGACAGGUCUUACCGAUUCUCAGGUUCGGGCGUUUAGACAUACCAGUACGUUGGCUGCCAUGAAAAUGAUGACUGCUCUUGUUGAUGUUGCACUAAAUGUUAGUAUUAACAGAGAUAAUACACAACGUCAGUACGAGGCUGAAAGAUCAAAAAUGCAGAAUCGACGUGCUUCUGAUAGGCUUGAAGUACUGAUGCAACGUCGACAAGAGUUAGAAGAAAACAUGGACGAAGUCAAAAACAUGCUGAUAUAUAUUUUCAAAGGGAUAUUUGUCCAUCGAUACAGGGAUAGCCAAGCAGAAAUACGAGCAAUAUGUAUGCAAGAAAUAGGCGUUUGGAUGCGUCGUUAUCCUGCGAUGUUUCUCGAUGAUAGCUACUUAAAAUAUGUUGGUUGGACACUUUAUGACAGAAUUGGAGAUGUUCGUCUUCAGUGCCUUCGUGCUCUACAACCCUUGUAUGAAGAUCCUGCACUUAUUAAUAAUUUGGAGCUUUUCACCUCACGUUUUAAGUCACGUCUUGUGGAUAUGACUCUUGAUAAGGAAACAGAAGUUGCAGUUCAGGCUGUGAAAUUAGUUUCUUGCAUUCUGAAACAUAGCGACUCAGUACUAGAAGACAAAGAUUGCGAAAAUAUUUACGAGUUGGUAUAUUGCACUCACAGGCCAUUAGCACAAGCAGCAGCGGAAUUUUUGACAUUGAAACUAUUUGAAGUUGAUUCUCAUGCACCUCCUACUAGAACCAGAAAGGGGAAGAAGCGCAGUGAAAAUACACCACUCAUUCGUGACCUCGUACAAUUCUUCAUCGAAAGCGAACUGCACGAGCAUGCCACUUAUUUGAUUGACAGUUUGUGGGAUCAAUGCCAGAUGCUUCGUGACUGGGAAGCCAUGUUAGACCUACUACUUGAGGAACCUGGAAGGGGUGAGACAGCUAUGGAUGCUAAUGAAGAAACAAGUUUGAUUGAAAUUAUGGUUUGCUGUGUUCGUCAAGCAGCAAGCGGUGAAUCGCCAGUAGGAAGACAGGCUGGUGGUCAUCAUUCACAUUCCAACACUAACAUGCAAACUGGUGGUGCAAAUGCUCAGGAUGCUUCAGGUCGUGGUCGAGGUGGCGGACCAGCCGGACCUGGUAGCAGCUCUGUAUCCUCUACCCGAGAGGCUCGGGCCCUCACAGAAGAACGUCACCGUAUGACAGAAGCAAUGAUAACCGCCUUGCCAGCAUUACUGUCUAAAUAUGGCGAGUCUCCUGAACGGGCAACUAACCUGCUUGCAAUUCCAACAUACAUGGAGAUGGAACUCUAUACCACGGGACGGCAUGAACGUCAUUUGGAUCUUUUAUUGCAAGGUGUCCAAGAAAUCGUAGAACGCCAUACUGAUCCACAUGCCUUGUUGGCUUGUGCUCGUGUUUAUGAGUCUUUAUGUCUUGAUGAAUUGAGCAUUGCUGCUAAGUGUCAAACCGUCCGUGGCACACUGCUAGAUCACCUAGUGGAUCUUUACCGCGAUGCAUUCUUGAACUAUUUCAACGAUCAGGGUGAAGAGCCCGAUCAAGAUGAUGAAUUUCACAUUGUAGCUGCACUGAAACGCAUUAAUGCGUUUUAUAGUUGUCACGACCUCUCAGGGCUGGAUUUGUGGGACAGUCUUAUCCGAAUAGCACAAUCAGGAAAUGAUGCCAGUGGUGAUGUAGUGGCUCAAGCUAUUUGUUGUUGUUAUCAUGCCUUACUAUGGAAUUUGAAGAGAUUACAGGAGAGCGAAAUGGACAAGACGGAGUCAAAUAAACUACGCAGACAGCUAAAUUUAUAUAUGGACAUAUGCAUCGGUUACUUGGACCACUCACACAAACGCCUUGCAUCAGAAUCUUUCUUCUCAAUCUGUGAUUUGCUAGUUGUUUUUUCUCGUAACCUUUGUGAUCAUAUGCCGAACCUACAUCCCCCUAUCUACGUAGCAGAUAGAGAUCUCGAACUCAAGUUGACCAACUAUUUGGAGCAGCGGGUUUUUAUCGAUGAUGAUGAUGAAGAAGAAGACGAAAGCGCAAAGUUUGAAUCUCUUCACGAAAGACGCAAGCAGUUAUCAUCAUUUUUUAAAUUGGUGGUUUUUAACAUGAUUCCAGUACGUGCGGCUGCUCCAUUAUAUAAGUAUUACAUUCGGUCUUUCAACGAUUUCGGAGAUAUAAUGAAAUCGACGCUAGCCAAAGCUCGUGAACACCAUCGUGUAAAUACUGCACGCAUGAUAGCUCAUUGUUUAGAAUUAUGCUACCUGCAAGUUGAAGCAGCUUCUAAUAAUCAUGUAGAACGUGGUUCCGAAGGCAUUCAAGCUGUAAAAGAACUCGCUAGGCGUUUGAAUCUCAGCUUCGGUCUCGAUCUGAUAAAAAUACGAGAAUCUAUGGUCGCUCUUCAUUUGGAAGGCAUUCAAUUUUGUGUAUCUCGUGCAGCGUCCACAGCUGCGAGUGGCCACCCGCCUGGAGUUCCAAGCAACUUAUUAUUUCUUGAGGUUGUCUCUGAGUUUUCGAAUAAGCUUCUUAGGCCAGACAAAAAGAACAUAUCAGAACACAUCCGUCGAUUAUUCCCUAAUCCUGUUGGUGCUGAAUGGUCCAGUCUACAUGCCUAUUGUUCCAGUCUAGAUCCAGAUGCUGCGGAUAAUACUUCAGGGAUUGAUGGACCCAAUCACACCACAAAUAUUACUUUACCCAGCAAUUCUAAUUCCCUUUCUGCACAAAGCAAUGCAUUGGUACCAACAAGUGCGCGUAUAGGUUACGGAAGCAGAGGACGGGGGAAAAGGCUUCGAGAUUCUGAUUCCUCUCUUCGUAAGUUACAAAUUGAUAUCCAUCUAUAUGAAGCAAACCGAAAUAUCAGUCAUGAUUCAUAUCAUGUCUAUUUUCGAAUGUACAUGCAUCUGUUUUUCUGAUUGUCAAAAUAGGAUGUUCCCUUACAGCCAUUUUCAUGAAGAAUUUUCUCGACAUUGUAUCACAAGACCUAAUUUAGUGAAAUUUUUUAGAAUGUCGGGUAGGUUUUAGAAGGGUGACUCAGUGGUGAAAAGGCUAGUGCCCGAAACAAUUUAUGUCUGAUAUUGUUUGCUGAAUUGGAAUGGUUUGUGAUAAGUGCAUGGAUGACGGUAACUAUUCUUUUACUUGAUGAAGUCUACAUUGAGAUCCUGUUAUGGUGUGUGUAUGUGUGUUGUUUUUAUCUCGUCGCAUUCCAGUCCUCGAUUGGAAAAAAUAUUACUGUUUCUGUUUGUCGCAUCUUAAAGCGUUGUAUUGAAUCAGCUGGUCCCAUCGCUUGUUGCAUCAGGUGCCUACAUGCUAAAAAACUACUGAGUCUAUGUACAGAAUAAUUUUAACAUGUAAGUGUUACCUGAUUUCAGUCGACAGGAAACUGCCAACCUGACAAACAGUUCUCAGGCAAUCACGUUAAUACAUCUUAAACAUUGAAAGUCGAAAUUUAAACAAAAAAUGCUUUGAUUGAUGACAAAGGGCUCAUAUAGUAGGGACAAGGGCUAAAUAGGAUGAUGAACUAAUAAGCUUAGUAUCAAAGUAGUGAGUUCAGCAGAAAUCGUAUAAAUUAAGGACAGGCAAAAUUACAUAAUUACGCGAAGGGAGGAAGGAUAAAUGCAAAGAUUAUGUGGUCAACUAAGGGAGAGUAAAAACAUUCAGUUACCAGGGCACGAAAGUGUUGAUGACUGUUUCUUUCCGAACACACAAAUUGGGAUUCAGGUGUUUGUAAACAACUGCUUCUGGAAACUUGAAGAGGAAUUUUUUGUCUAUUGAUAAUCUUUAAAGGAUUCCAUAGUCAUCGUCUCAUGACCCCCGUAUCGAAAAGGUGUCUGUUUUGUUAUAUCUUCAAAAAAUUGAACAGGUGUUCUUUCUGUUCUCCAAAUGUAACUGCUACCGCAGAAUGAUAUAGAUUUGCAUACACAGACAGGCCAGAUUUCAUACACGGGAACCACCUUAGUGCAAGAUUGCUUCUUACCGAUGAGAUAUUCGAUCUUUUGUUGACUAUUGCUGCGGUAUUACCACUUUGAGAAUCUACAUGAAUGAAGAUGGGCUUCUUUUUCCACUGAUCACGCAAUCGAAGACUGCUUUCAAUGAGUGGUGGCCACUAGAUCGAUCUUACAGUCGUUGCUUAUGAAUGCUUGUCUAAUUAUGUCAGUUCCUAAGUCCAUUAUCCAAUAAAUGUUGAUUGCACUGUCAUGUUCGGAUGUUGAAACAGUAAUCACCAAUAGUGGUUUCCGCUAUCUUAUUUGCCGUUCUAUCGUUUACAUCGCAUGAUAAUUUUGGUUUACGUUUUUAUAGUAAGCUAAAUACAUGGUUUUCUGUUUCUUUUACAUCCUAGCUGCCUCUGAUAUAAGUGUUAACCCACAGUCUACUAGUAUAGCCGUCAAAAAAAGACGCGUUAAUCUUCCGAACGCUUCCAAGAAUCUCUCUGGGAAUGUUUCUCACGUAACGACUGCUGAAGCUAAUCCUUCCCGAUCUACAUCACCUGUGGAAAUACCCCCCAAUAAUUUAGACUGUGCAUCUCAGUAAGUUAAUAAGUAUCUCUUUUUACUAAGACCCGGCAUAAUUCAUUAAUGUGUAAAAAUAUUGUAUGCAAAUACAUUAAAAUUUGUUUGACUGUAUUAUACAACUCCUGUCAUCUGAUUUUAUUUUAGCCACAAACCUUCGAUGGAGCCAUUGAGUACACCUGUUCAUUCGUCCAAUCAGUGAUGCGUCCUGUAUCCAUCCAAAAUUAAGUUUUAUCGAUUAGAAAUGGUUUGUAAAAAGUUUGUUCAAAAGAUUUGGAACUUGCCCCUACGUAUUUAUAUUUAUACAAUUAUUCAAACGUUUUUUCCGUUCAUCAUAUUUUCAGAAGUUUAUAUGUAUAUAUAUAUAGACAACUGAUGGGUCACAUUGUUAGUUGUUUUCACACAGAUUUAUUAUCUUAUUUGGUUGUAUUGCCAUAAAUUCUUCCAGGACAUGUACAUUUUUAGGUUAAAUGUGGCAACGACUUUGAAUAUCUCCAUUGUUGAAUAGUGAAGUUUUCUUUCUCCUCAAUUUAAACGGGCUGUUUUGUACAAUAAAAUUUAAAAGCCUUCGUUUAUACUUAAAUAUGUUCCUGUUUGUAAUUGCUCUAUUUUUAAAUAAAAUUUGUAUUACCUUUUUAGUCCGUUAACUAAGGGAUGCUACAGCUCGUUGAAAGAAGCUGUUCAAAUCAUGCAGAGUUGAACUAUUUUUACACACAAAUAUUAAUAUCAUGUAAAAUUGCCUUUUAUAAAAACUGAUCAGACUAAUGUGAAAUGCUUCAUUAGAUAGUUUUUUUGUCGAUUUUUUCGUUAACAUUUUUCAUUUUGAAAUUUUCUGCUUAUCAGUUUCAAGUAAUUUUGUUCAGCUUUAUAAAAAAACAUAUUUAUACACUUUCAAUAUACAUACGGCGAUCUUCAUCUGUACACGAUCAUGACGUCCCGUGUUUGAGUUUCAGUAUCAUACUCACAAACAUGUUCAUUCAGAUUCCUAUAAUCCAUUUGUACAUUAUUCAUUUUACCGUAAUUAUUACUACUGUUAUUGUCAUUACUAUUUAUACCGUUAUUGUUAUUAUUACUCGUUGAGAUUUAUAUUUUGCCAGUUUUCAAGAACUGUGCAUUUUUUCAUCAUAAGAAAUUGUACAGUGCUCCUAACCACACACGUUUCGUUAUCAAAAACUAAGUUACGUUUUUCUUCCCGACUCCAUACCAUAACAAAUCCUCCAUAUGAGUAAAACCUCGAGCCGCAACAACCACUGCCCAAUAGAACCAAUCAUAAAAACUGCGGAAGAGGCCGACGUAAGCCUAUACAAGAACUGGUGAAGAAUCAUACUCCUGUCCAUCCGAAGUAAAGUAUUAAGCCAUGUCAUCUCUGAGAAACCAAAAGAUUCCCUGUACGGAAGACUUCACCUGGAGCAUUCUAGUUUGAAGAUAAACAAGCCAUGACUGC